GGCACACUGGCCAACGACAAGGACUACGAAAUGAUCGCCAGGCAAAGAGGCUUCAUUCUGAGCCUGACAGCUGGGUUUCGCCCCUUUGCAAGAAACUUGUGGUGCAGGACCUUCUGACCGGCCUUCGCCGUAUGCUGGGCGGAGAUGAGGCUUUGGCUGAAUGGCUGAAAUGCAGCAACUCUGAGAGGAGGAAGCGGCCACGAGUCGAACCAGCGCUUUGCCUUGAGAAUAAAGAGAAACCGGCGAAUGGCCGUCGUGCAUCCGCGCAAUUUCCAUCGUAUGCAUGGCUGAAGGAGAUGCUGACAAGUGAGGACUAUGGUGCAGCCAGGAAAGAAUUUCAUUCCGGCGAGCCAUUCUGUCAUUGGUGGCGGAAGCAGACAAUCCAGUUCGAGAAUGAUGAGUGCGGUGUGGAUGGGUUCAAGGUGGACUUGCUGAGUGAUAUCUUCACGUCAAACUCGACAGAGUUUGCAAUUCCUCUCUGCCGAGAUGCUUCCUGAUUGUGUAUAUAUGUCCUUCCAGCCUCGCUGAACCAGGACAGAAUGUUUCUUGCUGCAGAUCAUGUCCCACAGCUGAUGAGGACACCGCGAGUUGUGCAGGCAGAAUCAAGAGCUUCGUGCAUGAGGAGUCUGUCACCGAAGCUGCCACGAAGUGCAUCAGGGUGUCGGCCGAGGUAAAAAU